UAGAGAUAGAAUGAAACACGUUUCAUGUUUUAACGUUGAGAAUCUGUCUGUGCGUAUUAGUUGUAUUAUUUGUCUGCAGGCUGCACAUUUGUCCAGGUAAAUCUAUUGAGAUAGUGUGGUAUCUUCUCCUCAGCAGACGGUCAUUAGCGGUCUUAUUGGAGUCUUAUUUACAGUACAAUUACUUUAGCCAUGGAGGACCCAGAAUUGCGUCAACUGAAGCUGGACAAUCAGCGUUCCCUUUUGAUGAAGAAGCAGCAGAGAAGGAGGGCCGAUACCCAAAUGGUCACAGCCAAUAGGGACGCUCGACCCAAGAAAAGCAAGCAGAAGACUGGAGCCGAUGACACAGACCUGUUGAUUACUCAAUCCCAGAGCAACAACUCCUUAAAUGCUGAAGAGGCCCAUGAUAAUCCACUGGAGGAAAUUACUCUGGGAGAGCUCAGCCUAAAAACCACUGAUGCUACAGAUGAGAUGCCCCCCGAGAAACCCAUCAUCACCAAAACUAUGGACGUGGAAAUUGACAGCCAGCCAAACCCUAAACUUAGUACAGAAAAUGAAGGCCCAGCAGAAGUGAAAAAAAAAGAGAAGGAGAAGAAAGAGAAAGGUGUGAAAAAGGAGAAGGCGCAAGCAAAACAGUUAGAACAGAAUGAGGAGAAGGGAGAGGAGAAAGAGAAAGAGAAGCGAGAGAAAAAAACUAAGAAGGACAAAUUGAAAGGACACACCCCAAGUAAAGAGAAAAAAAACAAGACUGAUGAACAAGAGGCAAACACUAUCACUAAGUCUCCAGCCAUUCAGAUAGAUUCAGUAGUAGAGUUUGAAACGCCAGAAUGGGACAGUGAUGGCGAGAGAAAGGAUUGGUCAAAAAGCCCCAUCCCAGGAACACCCAAGAAAAAACAACACCUCAACACAUCAAGGUGCCAAAUAAGUGACAAUGAGAGGGAGGAAGAUGAAAUUCUUGAAAGAGAGAAAAAAGAGAAAACUCAAAAAAAGACAAAAAAAGCUGAGAAAGCCAAUCUCGCACUGCUUAACUCCAACUACAGGCAGCAGGACACCUCAGACAGUGACGACAACAUUGGAAGAGUGACAACUCCUGUCUCAGUUGAAGAUCUAGAAAAGUUUGCCCUGCAUCCAGCCCCUAGAGAUACAACAAUCCAGUGCAGAAUCACUCGGGACAGGCGGGGCGUAGAGAAAGGAAUGUACCCCACUUACUAUCUCCAUAUGGAGAAGGAGGAUGGGAAGAGGGUGUUUUUAAUGGCAGGCAGGAAGAGGAAGAAGUGCAAAACCUCCAAUUAUCUAAUUUCCAUUGAUCCAACAGAACUUUCCAGAGACACAGACAGUUAUAUAGGCAAACUAAGAUCAAAUGUGCUAGGCACCAAAUUCACAGUGUUUGACGGCGGGGAUAACCCUGAUAAGAAGCCUUUCGUCAAAGAGUGUGAGUCAGUUCGGCAAGAGCUUGCCGCAAUCUGUUAUGAGAAGAAUGUUCUAGGUUUCAAAGGCCCCAGGAAAAUGACGGUGGUUAUUCCUGGCAUGAUGGAGAAUGAUGAGAGAGUGUGCAUUCGCCCAAAAAGUGAUAUAGAGUCUCUGCUCUCCCGCUAUGAGAAUGGUAACACUGACAACCUAGUGUGCCUCAUGAACAAGUCCCCCAGCUGGAACGAACAGACACAGUCCUACGUGCUCAAUUUCCACGGCCGCGUCACACAGGCCUCCGUCAAAAACUUCCAAAUCGUUCACCCUGACAACGAGGACUACAUUGUGAUGCAGUUUGGCCGGGUGGCAGAGGACGUAUUCUCCAUGGACUAUAGCUUCCCUAUGUGUCCCCUGCAGGCCUUCGCCAUCACGCUCUCCUCCUUCGAUGGCAAACUGGCUUGUGAGUGAUACCAAGUGUGGACAACUCAAUCAAGCAGAAGCAGAGCAUUAAUAGCUUACCAUUACAGUUCUAUCACAGUAUUAAUUGUCAAUGUGCAUUCCAGGUAGUAUUGGAUAAGAGUUUGACAUUUUUCAACACCUGAGAUUACAAAAAGUAUUUUUUUGAUUUUGGGGAAAGAAUGUAACAACUAAUCAACAUCAUUGAGUAUAGGUUAUGAUUCAGUCUCAAUAAGGAACACAUAUUCCUAAAUGUUAUCUGAAAAACAAUGGAAAAACAGCAACUAGGUCCUCUGAUUUAUAUAUUGUGCUUAGAUGUCUGGUAGAUGUAACUUCACUAGAAUGACAAUGUUGCACAGCAUACCUGUUUUGUGCAGGCUAUUUGAUCUUAUUUGAACUGAAACAUUUUUGUAAGAAAUAUGUAUAAGAAAUAUGUCCAAUUCAUUUAUUUAAUAUUGAUUGCAGUCUUAAGGCUCCGCUCCACUCCACAUUAUCAAAAGUGUAACGUAUUCAAUUUUAUUUCAUUUUUUUCUACAUUCCACAUAAUCUCAUAUGUGCAAUAUACACUGAGUAUACCAAACAUUAGGAACACCACCCCUGUUGCUCUCAGAACAGCCUCAA